AUGACUCUAGAGGGAUUGUCAGAUAUGUCAAGUGAUGAUGUGCGAGCGGUUAACGAGACCCAGCAUGAGCGGUUUCUUGAAGGUGUUGGCCAAAACACCAUGAGCGACGGUCCAUAUAUGGAUGUCAACACUCCAAAGGAAGGUGCCGCAGUGGAAAAGGUUUUCGACGGGGAAAAUUCGGAGGAUAAUGACUUAGGCACCAGCAAUGAUCUAGGCACCAGCAACGACCAGGCAGAGUCAGUGAAGGAAUACAAUUGUGAUAAUGCAGCGUUCAAUAAUACAGAUGACACGGCAGUCGAUGGCGGUGGGGCACCGCCGGAUGGUGGUAGUGAAUCGUCGGUUCCUUUGGAGAGAAUACGGACAAGGUUGUUCUCUUCCAGGUUGCAUUCUCAACGGCAAAUAUACCAAAGAAAAUUCAUUUUUAACCUACUGAUGCUAGGUGCCCUCUCCAUCGCCAUGUUUUCGUUAUACUGGGGUGCUCUCUAUAACCACCAAUCGCAUUUCCACCAGGUGAAGUUCAUUGCAUUUUUGGGAGAUGAUGGAGAACUAACACAGGGUAUCGAGCCUAUCUUGCGGAAUGCGGUUCCACACUUUGAAAUCUACAACGACACCACUAUCAAACAGAAAUACGGCCAGGAUGUUAAUGUCACGGAAAAGAUCCAUCACUUGGUACAUACCUUGCAUUAUUGGGGCUCCCUUAUAGUGUAUCCAAACGCAACAAACGCAUUUGUAGAUUCGCUAACCAACCCAGAGUCCCCUUCUUUUAAUUCCACUAAUUACUUCGAGUUUUUCUACGAAUCCGCGAGAGACCUGGCAAACUACAGAACUACUAUCCUACCAUUGCUAACGCAGCAAGAAACGACAUAUAAAGAAACUUACUUUUACAAGACUUAUUUGCCUAAAAUUAUAUCAAAUCUCACUAAUAUAUCGGGCUCUAAGUUAGCAGCAGCAAGCGAUAUGCAAUGGCGUGAAAUUGACAACAGAGCGUUCACAGACUCUACAUUGAUGGGACCAAUGCAGGUGGGUCUAAUUUACUGUGUCUUGUUGACAUUUUUCCAGUUGUCCUUAUUUGGACCAGUCCACGGCAUGAUCACACCUUUGUUGAAACCGGUUCACAUUAUAAUCUACAGAUUGGUAAGCUCUUGGGCAACAUACUUCUUUUUGUCCUUGUUUUUCUGCACUGUCUCGGCCAUUUUCAAAGUGGAUUUCACAUUGGCUUAUGGAAGAGCUGGGUUCAUCGUUUAUUGGAUGACAACAUGGCUCUUGAUGGGUGCUGUCGGUGGAGCUAACGAAAAUGUUCUCUCUUUAUUGUUGGCUUUUUAUCCACAAUUUUUAGGGUUCUGGUUAAUCACUUGGAUUAUCUUGAAUAUUUCACCUUCAUUCGUUUCCAUGGUUUUGUGUAACAGACUUUACCGUUACGGUUACAUGACGCCAAUUUACAAUGGUCUCGAAUGUUACCGUGUUAUUUUCAUGAACACAUACAAAGGUAACUUGGGCAGAAAUUACGGUGUCUUGGUUGCUUGGUGUGUUCUUAACACUUUACUAUUCCCACUAGUCAUGAAAGUAGUCGGAAAGAAGUUCAAGAACGAUGCAAAGAAAAAAGCUGCUGGAUCUAAAUAA